AUGUCUACUGAAACUGCUUUGGCUUACGCUGCUUUAAUCUUAGCUGACUCUGAAAUUGAAAUUUCUUCUGACAACUUGUUGGCUUUAACCAAUGCUGCCAACUUACCAAUUGAAGGUAUUUGGGCUGAUAUCUUUGCCAAGGCUUUGGAAUCCCAAGACUUGAAACAAUUAUUGGUUAACUUCAGUGCUGGUGCUUCCGCUCCAGUUGCUGGUGUUGCUGGUGCUGUUGGUGGUGCUGCUGCUGCCGGUGAAGAAGCCAAGGAAGAAGAAGAAGCCAAGGAAGAAUCCGAUGAUGACAUGGGUUUCGGUUUGUUCGAUUAA